AUGGGCUCAUUACAGAACGGAGACGGCCAGUACCAAGGCCUCGGCCAGGACUUCACCAAGCAGGUCAUCGCCUCCAUGGGAUCGGAGACGAACCCCAGACUCCGUGAGAUUCUCACUUCAUUCAUCCAGCACAUCCACGACUUUGCUCGCGAGGUCGAUCUUACGACAGAUGAGUGGAUGAUGGGUGUCAACAUGAUUAACUGGGCGGGCCAAAUGUCAAAUGAUCGACGCAACGAGGGCCAGCUGCUUUGCGAUGUUCUCGGACUCGAAUCGCUCGUCGACGACAUCACCAACAGAGUGGCCACAAAGAACGGCCAGCCAGGCACAGCAACAGCCAUUCUCGGCCCCUUUUGGCGGGCCGACACCCCUGUCCGCCCCAACGGCAGCACAAUCGCCGUGAAGUGCCCCGAGGACGGCGAGCUUGCUUUCAUGUACGGCCAAGUGACGUGCUCCAACACCGGAAAACCGUUGGCGAAUGCUUCAGUCGAUGUCUGGCAAGCAUCCACAAACGGUCUGUACGAGCAGCAAGAUGCCGAUCAGCCCGAGCACAACCUCCGCGGAGUCUUCAAGACGGAUGCGGAGGGACGUUAUGGAUUUUACUGCCUGCGACCCACGCCCUACCCAGUACCGGGUGAUGGCCCCGCUGGAAAGCUUUUGGACCUACUUCACCGCCACCACUUCAGACCUGCUCACAUUCAUCUCAUCGUCAAAUCAGAAGGCUUCAAGUCGGUAACAACACAAAUCUUUGACGAGGACUCAAAGUACUUGGAUGACGACUCUGUGUUUGCGGUGAAGGAUGGUCUGACUGUGAAGUUUGUUGAGAGAAAAGGGGACCCCAAGGCUGCCAAGGAGCUCGAGUACAACAUCAAGUUGGCUGCCGAGUAA